AGCAAAUACUUUGCAAGAUCUUGAGCCACCUUGGCCAAACAUUGGGACUAAAUAGUUCUGUCCGGUAUGACGUAUGCCCUAACUGCCGGUUCUAAGUUUCCAACGACUGAUCAGUAACCAGUAACCAACAACCCCAGCAACGCUGCCGGCUCCGAGCAGAGCUUGAAAAUUCCAACCAUGUCCUCCAAAUGGCGCGCAAUCCAGCACCGCCACCGCUACACCUACAACACCGUCGUCUUCCCCGCCACCUACACCGAUUCCCUGAACUCCCUCCCUCCGCAAAUCGCCACCUCAAAGUUCUUCUCCCUGCUCAAAGAGCUAGUCUCUCUGAACUCCACAUACGCCCAGCUCAACCACACUAAGGGCCUCGCCGCCGCUUUCGGCGACGUACUCGCCAGUGGGGACGAAGGUCUGGUCUCCGAAGCGGCGCCGUUUUACUUGGAGCUUCUGUUUCUGGAAAAUUCGCUGCCUCUGCAUAAGACCCUCGUCUGUUUGGCAAAGGCUCGGACUUUUCAGGCUCUGAUCAGGCGAUGCUAUCAGAGGCUCUGCGAAGACUACGGCGGCGGUAGAGGGAAGCGGUUCUGCGUGUCCCGGUCGGCCUUAUCGGUAAUGGGUAUGCCAAAGUUGGUUUUGGUUGAAAUUGUGGAAGAAUGCGCCGUUAUGAUCGCUUGCGAUACGGUUUCUAGCUUGAAUGCUCUGAUUUCGGAGACGAAAGCGCACUAUCGGCCUUCUCCGAUCGUCAUGGAGCAAUGCCAGGAGGCUCUGUCUUGUUUGUAUUAUCUGUUUCAGCGCUUCCCUUCGAAAUUCGAGGAGUUCAAUGGUGGUUCUGGGGGUGGUUGUGAUAAUGCUGGUCGUUCGAAUGUGUUGGAGAUGAGUGUGGCUGUUAUUUUGAGCGUUCUGAGAUCGGUGGCGUUUUCGAGGGACUGCUAUGUGGCUGCUGGAGUGAGCUUUUGUGCAGCCCUGCAAGUGCGUCUCAGUCCAGAAGAGCUCGGCUUGUUUAUAAUGGAAGGUAUUUUUCACCCAACUGAUUGUAGUAGUAGUAGUAGUUUAGAUGCCAAUGCAGAUAGUGAAAAAAGGAAUGCCAUUGCCAAACUUCCUUAUAAAGGGGAUAUGUACACUGAAAUUCAUAGUUUAUCGGACUUGAGUAGACUUUGCUUGCUACGGGGGAUUCUUACCGCGGUUUCGAGAGCAGUGCUUAAUACCCAUUUCGAUGUGUCAAAGAGUAGUUCGAAUGGCUACGAGAGUCAUACGAAUGGUGGCAACUGUGUUAAGACUAUACUGUAUGAUGGAAUUUUGCCUGAGUUAUGUAACUACUGCGAGAACCCUACCGAUAGCCAUUUUAACUUUCAUGCAUUGACUGUGUUGCAGAUUUGUUUGCAACAAAUAAAAACCUCCAUGUUAGCUAAUCUUACCAUCACAUCCGAGGAUUAUGAUCCGGUUCCGGUGGAGAUGGGUACCCGGAUAUUGAGGAUCGUAUGGAAUAAUUUGGAAGAUCCUUUGAGUCAAACAGUCAAACAAGUUCAUCUCAUUUUUGAUCUCUUCCUAGACAUUCGAUCCACUCUACACUGGUCAGAAGGUAGUGAGAGAAUAAGGUCAUUCUUGCAAAGCAUUGCUUCAGAUCUUCUUCGUCUGGGUCCUCGCUGCAAGGGAAGAUAUGUUCUGGGUUCACUAACCAAGAGAUUAGGUGCAAAAACUAUGUUGGAUAUGAGUCCUGGCUUGCUGUUUGACACUAUACAUGCGUACAUUGAUGAUGACGUGUGCUGUGCUCUCACAUCAUUUUUGAAGAUUUUACUUGAGGACUUGCGUAACGAGUGUUGGAGCAGUGAUGGUAUUGAAGGUGGUUAUGCACUUUAUAGGGGGCAUUGUCUGCCUCCAAUUUUGUCUGGACUUGCUUCUGGGGUUUCAAAGCUCCGCUCUAAUUUGAACACUUAUGCUCUACCAAUUUUACUUGAAGUGGAUGAGGACAGUAUAUUUGCUAUGCUUGCUUUUAUUUCAGUUGGUCCGAGCAAGGGUGAAAGUCAACUGUCAUAUCCUGAGCUCUGUUGUGGAAACAUGGAACCGAGAGUUCAACAGAAAGUGGCCAUCUUAGUUUCAUUGCUGAAGGUAUCUCGUUUGCUUGCAUUGCUUGAAGGGGACAUUGAUUAUGCAGUAUGUGAAAAGAUUGGUGGACUGGAAACAAAUUUCCCCGAACGACAUGCUCUUGUUUCUAUCAAGGGGAUAAAGGUUGAAGUUCGUGUUGAGUGGCUAGUGCUGGCAUUGACCCAUGUUGAUGAUUCAUUACGUGUGGAUGCUGCAGAGACACUUUUCUUGAAUCCCAAGACAGCUAGUUUACCUUCCCAUUUAGAACUCAUGUUAUUAAAGGAAGCAGUGCCAUUGAACAUGAGGUGUUGCUCUACAGCUUUCCAAAUGAAGUGGAGUAGCUUGUUCAGAAAGUUUUUUGCUCGGGUCCGAACAGCAUUAGAGAGACAAUUUAAGCAGGGACGCUGGGAACCCCUGGAGCAUAGUAAAAGCAAUGGAAUGCAUCUUUCAAUUGGAAGUGAACAUCCUGAAGCUAACAGGGCAAGCGAUCUUUUUCAUUUCAUGAGAUGGUUAAGUUCAUUUCUAUUUUUCUCUUGCUAUCCUUCUGCACCUUAUAAGAGAAAAAUAAUGGCAAUGGAGCUCAUUCUAAUAAUGCUCAAUGUUUGGUCUAUUGUGCCUGCUACUCAAGAGAAAAAUGGUUCUUUAUGUGUGGAAGACUGUCUCUAUCCUUAUAAUAAAGGAAUGACCUUACCUGAUUCAACUUUGUUGUUAGUGGGAUCCAUAAUUGAUAGUUGGGACAGGCUGAGAGAGAAUUCUUUUCGCAUAUUGUUACAUUUUCCGACCCCACUUCCUGGAAUUUCAGAUCAAGUUAUGGUCCAGAACGUGAUUUUAUGGGCUAAGAAAUUAGUUUGCAGUCCACGAGUGAGAGAAACUGAUGCUGGAGCUCUGACUUUAAGGCUGAUUUUCAGGAAGUAUGUCUUACAGCUAGGAUGGACAGUCCGAGCUUCAGUUAAUGUAGCUUGUCUCAAUACACAGUCUGGCUUGAAAAGCGGAGAUAAUCAAACUUAUAAUUCUGGAUAUCCUGUGAUGGAAUAUAUAAGGUCACUGAUUGAAUGGUUGGAUGUUUCCAUAGAGGAAGGGGAGAAGGAUCUUUCUGAAGCAUGUCAGAACAGCUUUGUUCAUGGCGUAUUACUCACUCUACGAUAUGCUUUUGAGGAAUUGGACUUCAACUCUGACAUAGCACAGUCUAGUAUCUCAGAGAUGAGACAUUCACUAGAGAAGCUCUUGGAGCUUGUAAUGCGAAUAACUUCUUUGGCACUUUGGGUCGUCUCUGCAGAUGCUUGGCAUCUCCCUGAGGACAUGGAUGAAGUGGUUGAUGACAAUGAUUCUUUCUUAUCAGAGGUUCCAGAUGAGGUGGGGGUGAAAACAUCUCUGUUGGAGGAUGAAGACAAAAAUUACAAAUUUGUCCAGAAUAACAGGCGAUCAGAACAAAGUGUAAUGGUUGGCUGUUGGCUUGCGAUGAAAGAGGUGAGUCUUCUUUUGGGAACUAUCACAAGAAAGAUUCCUUUACCAAGUACCCCUUCCUCAGAAUCAUUAGAUUCAGAAGCCACCUAUUCUUGUGCUUCUGAUGCUUCAGUUAUGAUGGCUUCGGAUGCAAUGCUUGAUGUGAAACAACUUGAAAGAAUUGGGAAUCACUUCUUGGAAGUCCUUUUGAAGAUGAAGCACAAUGGUGCAAUUGAUAAAACGAGGGCCGGAUUUACAGCUCUUUGCAACCGGUUACUUUGUUCAAAUGAUCCUCGACUUUGCAAGUUAACAGAAUCCUGGAUGGAGCAGCUUAUGGACAGAACCGUGGCCAAGGGUCAAACAGUGGAUGACUUGUUAAGGAGAAGUGCAGGUAUUCCUGCUGCUUUUAUAGCACUGUUCCUCUCAGAGCCAGAAGGUGCACCUAAGAAACUUCUCCCACGGGCUUUACGGUGGCUCAUAGAUGUUGCUAAUGCAUCUUCUGUGGGUCCAGUUGAAACCAACAACUCUAAUGGCGACAUGGGUAAAUUUCCCUCAAUUAAGUCGGACAAAGUUUUUGAGUCUGUGGUCUCGUCAGAUAUAGAUAUUAGUGACAAGGUUUCAAGGAUCCGUGAUGAGGGUGUCAUUCCUACUGUACAUGCAUUCAAUGUCCUCAGAGCUGCCUUCAAUGAUACAAACCUGGCUGCUGAUACCUCAGGUUUUUCUGCUGAGGCUAUGAUUGUUUCAGUUCACUCCUUUUCUUCUCCCCACUGGGAGGUCCGGAAUAGUGCUUGUCUGGCAUACACUGCUUUGGUACGUCGCAUGAUUGGAUUCCUUAAUGUCCAAAAACGAGAGUCAUCUAGGCGUGCGCUAACUGGGGUGGAAUUUUUUCAUCGGUAUCCCUUAUUGCAUCCAUUUCUAAUCAAGGAACUGAAAGCUGCGACAGUGUUGCUUGGAGACGGGAUAUCUGGACAAUCUGAAUCCAACCUAGAAAAUGCUGUGCACCCAAGCUUGUGCCCUGUAUUGAUUCUGUUAUCAAGGCUGAAGCCCUCAACAAUCGUAAGCGAGACUGGAGAUGAUGUGGAUCCUUUUCUGUUAAUGCCCUUCAUUAGAAAGUGCUCAACACAAAGCAAUCUAAGAGUCCGUGUUCUUGCAUCUAGAGCUUUAGCGGGUCUUGUAUCUAACGAGAAGUUGCCAAGUGUUCUCCUCAAUAUAGUAUCCGAGUUGCCAAGAAGAGAUGACCAAGCUACAUGGACUCCUGAGUCGUCCCUAUUAUUUGAUAAAACCGAAAGAAGACAACAAAGUUCUUAUAAUUGGAUUCAUGGAAUUCUAUUGCAGCUGAGCUCUCUCCUGGAUACGAACUGUAGAAAUCUGGCUGAUUCCUCAAAGAAAGAUCAGAUUCUUGGUGAUCUGUUUCAAGCUCUUUUAGCACAUUCAUGGAUCGGAAAGCCCAGAUUGUGCCCUUGUCCAAUCCUCAAUGCCUCUUUCCUAAAUUUGCUGGAUCACAUGCUCAGUAUUGCAAGGACGUGCCAUACGAGCAAAAACGUUUAUGCUCUCCGCAACCUAGUUUAGGAGUUAUCUACAGAAUGCUUAGAUGUAAAAGCUUCUAACGGGCGUUCGUAUUAUGAUCCAACAAUGGCAGAACUCCGACAACAAGCAGCAGUCUCCUAUUUCAGUUGCGUGUUUCAAGCAUCUGAUAAAAUGGCUGAAGAGGUUUUUCAGACGCCUCAGAGGUAUUCUCAGAGUAAUUCAAGAUUUGUGGAGAUACCUGAAAUGGAAAACCCUUUUGCGGGACUCCAGGAAAGGCUGGUCCGCUCUUUGUCGGAUUCAGAAUAUGAAGUUCGACUGGCAACAUUGAAGUGGCUGCUGAAAUUCAUAACAUCAACAGAAUCUGGUCAUGAGUCCCAUGAUAACAGCAGUGAGAUUAGGGUUAUUCAGCACUGGGUUAGAACUAACCUCCAAACGACAUUGGUUAAUCUAUUGGAUGUGGAGAAGUACCACAGAUGCUCAUAUUACAUUCUGAGGAUUCUAUUCACUUGGAAUACACUGCAGUUUCAGAAGCUUGGGGAUGCAAAAUGCACGGAAACAAUUUACGUCGCUAGUAUGGAAUGCGAUUCUGUAUUUCUGCUUUGGGAUAAGUUGAUUUCGUUGUACAAGUUCACGAGACAUGCAAAAGCUCGACAAACACUCAUCUGCUGCUUCGGAAUCUGCAUAAAGAGGUUUGCAGGUUUAUUAACAACUUCUGUUCUUUCGGAUAACAGUGACUCUGAUCGGUUAGAAAAGUUGACCCGACUUUAUGGCAUAAUUUCCUUUUUCACCAACGUAAUUAUGAAACAUAGUGCCUCGUCUGAGCCAAUAAACAUGCGCAUGGCAGCAGCAGAGUCUAUCAUAGCAUCUGGUUUGCUAGAGCAAGCUGAGCUUAUCGGUUACACUGUGUUCAAUAACCGAAUCCCUUCUGAAAAUCCAUGUUCUACUUUUGAACCAAAAGAAGCGGUGAAUUUCUACGCACAUCAAAUACUAGAUAUAUGGUUCACAUGUAUCCAGCUGCUGGAGGAUGAAGAUGAUGAGAUUAGAGAAAGGCUUGCCAUGGGCAUUCAAGGGUGUUUUACGAGCAAAAGAUCCGGAAGCUCUCAUGAUGGAGUAGUCCGGACUCAAGUGGAGAAAGUGAUAGGAUCUUGUUUUGAGCAUCUAUCUUCCGUCUUUGGCCACUGGAUUGGGUAUUUCGAUUCUCUUUUACGCUGGGUGCUGAAUGCUUCAAAUCGCGAGGUGCCGAAAGGAGAUCUUGUGAGACAGGUAUUUGAUAAGGAAAUUGACAAUCAUCACGAGGAAAAGCUGUUCAUCUGUCAACUGUGUUGUUCUCAACUGGACAAGCUUCGAAUUUCAAAAUCUUGGGUGGCUGACUUUCAGAACAAACAACAGUUUAGUGAGUAUCUACAUGAUUGGAGGCUCAGAUUUUCCUGCCAGUUGACCUCAUUUGCGAAGGACCGCAUUGCAAAACUAUGUGGAGCAGAUUGGAUUGGUGGAGCGGGCAACCACAAGGAUGCAUUUCUGCCCCUGUAUGCCAAUUUGCUCGCCUUCUACGCCCUCUCGAAAUGCAUAUUCAACUGGGAAACUGGCGAUAACAAGCAUCUACAGUCUGAUGUUGCCGAACUCGGUAAAGCCAUCAAUCCGUUUCUUAGGAACCCUUUGAUCUCUAACCUGUAUUUGUUAGUGGUUAAAUCGCACGAGGAUGCAGUUGGUUCGAACGGUGACGACUUGAUUCCGAAAUUGGGAGAGGGUGCGAUAUGGGAGGGAUUCAAUCCCCAUUUUCUUCUUAGGUAAAUAUGUGAUUUGUACAAUACAAUAGCCAUGAAUGAUUCAUAUUAGUACACACUUCAGCUGGAAAUACAAGUACUCUGCAUUCCAACUUUA